AUGGAUACGCUAACCACCAAUAAUUGCUCCAAGUCGAGCUCCAAGUCAAGUUCCAAUUCCAAUUCGUCGAUGGAUCUGGGCGAGAAGCAGCUGAAGCAGCCGAAACGGGGCUCGCGUGGUCAGAAACUGUCGCGAUCUCGCAGCCUGCUGCAGUUGCUCAGCAGACACCUGGGCAGGCACUUCCAGCAUCACCAUCAUCAUCAGCAGAACGACACGGUCUACAGCAGUCAGGAUGAUAUACGCAGCUCCUCCACGGAUUCGUUCAGUUUGAGCGGCUCGCGCAACGAGUGUCUGGAGGUGCUCAACGGUGGCUCCAGUCUCGACUUGGAGAACACUUCGCGCACAUCCUCAGCUUCGUAUUCGCCUGGACUGGAGUUCUACGACAACAAUACGCAUAUCUAUGUGGAAACUGUCUAUCGACCCGGCAGCGCCAUGGAGCAACUGCAUCCGCAUCACUACGACGACAGCAGCAGCAGCGGCGCGGAUGACGACGAAAAUGAACAUGAAGACGAACAUGAGCAGCAGCAUCAGCAGCAUCAGCAGCAGCGUCAGCGAGAGCAUGUGGAUGAGAAUGAGAAUUUGGAUCAGCUAAAGCCACAGCCGCGCUCAGCCUCAUCGGCGUCGACUGGCAACAAGGCCGGGCUACAUCUGAGUCGCAUCUCCAUCUCCUCAUCGGUCAGCCGCAUGCUGCAGCACUUCUCCACAUCGGCAGCCACAACGGCAACGGCUUCGCUGCGCUCCCUAUCCUGCAGCAGCACGCCACUCCGACAGCGCGACGUCUCCUCGCUGAUGCGGGCAAAGAAGCUGCUGACCAGCAGCAACAGCCGCAACAGCAGCAGCAACAGCAGCAGCAGCAGCAGCAACUCAGCAAAAAAAUCAGCCAAAAAGGACAAGAAACAGCAGAGCAUACUGCGACCUCCAGUGCAGUAUGUCUACAUGAAGGGCAUGUCCGGGCUAUACUCCCGCGUGCCCAGCUAUGCCGCCUGCUGCCCCUAUACGCUGCACCACAUGUACUAGACAGAGCAGCGGCGAAAACGUCAUCGCGCCGAGGACAUUGCCCAGCGCAAUUUCCGGGUGAAGGCCAACGCAACAGCAGCAACAAAACGCUCUCGAAAUCGAGUCUGGGUGGGUAGUUUAUAGUGAACAGUAAAAGUAAAGUAAAAC